AUGAUACCCAAUAAUCAAGCUGCGAAAGCAUCUAUGACAGAGCGUGACUCACAGAAAGAAGCUCUAAUGAACCUAUUCGAUGAACGAUUGAACUCUCUUUUGGAAGAAGACGAAAACAAAGAAAAACGUAAUGAAGAUCGACAUGCACGAAACAAAGAUACCGAUAAUAGACCUGAUCGUAACAAAUUGGCAUAUACUGAUGCAUGCAACUUAUACUGGGACUAUGCUAUGGACAGCAGAAAUGUUUAUUUUAUGGGUAAGAUAGUUGGAGAUGCAAAUCCGAGUACAUUUCAAUUGAUUAAUGAUGGUUACGCUAAAGAUCACAAAGAGAUCUAUUAUAUGGGUGAAAAAAUUGAGUAUGCAUCUCCACAUACAUUUCAAUUACUUGGUUAUGGUUAUGCUAAAACUAGUUUUGGUGUCUAUUAUUUAAAUAAAGAAAUUUGGGGUGCAGAUGCAAAUUCAUUUCAAUCACUUGGUUUUGGCUAUGCUAAGGAUGAGGAUGAUGUCUUUUAUAUGGGUAAAAAAAUUAAAGAUGCACUUCCAUCUUCAUUCGAAUUUAUUGGCACUAGUUAUACUACCGAUUAUAGUAGUGCUUUCUGUUUGGGUAAACAUUAG